AUGCUUCAUGAGAAGAGCAAACUAACUCAAUAGCUAGAAUCAAGGGAAGUACCUAUAACUGCAAUGCCUGAGUUACCCAGACCAUUAAAAUAAACCAGAGAGCUUUUAAAGAAUGAUAAUAAGCACCAGCUAAGAAAUAAUGAAAUUAUUUAUGAUCAUAAGUAUUAGGUAGAGCAUAAAAUAUUUGGAGAAGACUUGGAGAAAAUCCAAGAAACAGAAGAAACCUCACAUAGCCCAAAAAUGAUAAUUGAUUGGCAUAAGUAAGAUUAAAGAGACGACUUACCGACUGCUACUCUAUUAGAAAGUAAAACUCAUGAAUCUAAAACGAUAAGGGAGAAUAGAAAUAAGUAAAAAAUAGUAAAUUAAAAUUUUGAGGAAUCAGAUAAAGAUAAUAUGAUUGAGCUAUUAAAGGAAGAUCUAAAUCCUGAAGAGAAUAGCAAAGAUGCAGUAGACUAUAAUAAACUAGACUAGGUAUUUGAAGAGGAGCCUAAGGAUGAAAGUUAGGAAAUCAAAGUAGUCAAUCCUGAUACAGAUGCCCUUUUAGAGAAUAUUGAGUGGGCACAAAAGCAGAAGUGA